AUGAAUAAGAUAAUUUCGGUUUUCCUAGUCGAUCUUUAUCCAACUGCGCCUGCUACGGCUACGGCUUCCGGAAACCUCUGCCGCUGCAUGUUUGGUGCCAUUUCAACUAGUUUUAUUGAGAUAAUGAUAACUAAAUUAGGAGUGGGCUGGACGUUCACUAUCUGGGGCACGGCAUGUUGUAUUUGUUUCCCCUUGCUGAUGAUAGAAAGACGAUGGGGGUAUAAGUGGAGGUUAGCAAGAUUCGAGGACUUGGUGAAAAAGAAAGAACAGGAACGCCCCCAAAACGAGGCAAGCACCACGGCCUGA